CCCGUGUUCGAAUCAUCAACCAUCUCCCGUAUCUCACACCGCACGGGAAUCCUCAAUCCUCACCAUCCACCAUGUUAUCCUCCAAACAUCACGUCUCCUUCUGGGCGGUCUCAGCCAUUGCUGCGGUCACUUAUUAUGGGCUUGUAUCUAUCAUGGGAUGCAGCCAGUUCUUUUUUCGUGGAUUACUCUAUCCGCUAUUGGCCUGGGGAACCUACAUCAUUCUCGUUGGACCUCGAAUUCGCCCUCACUGCCACUGGCGCGCCUCGUGUCACUUGAUCGCUACAGCAUGCUUGAUGGUCUGCUUGGGUGUUGUCGCAGACGAUUAUUCAUCGACAAGAGACCAUUUGCAGGCCUACAUCCAAGGCGUCACCCAUACAAUGCUUGCGUUCACUGCUGUGGCCACGUUAGAAGCCAUCAGGCAAAACCGACGAGAUCUCGACCAAGCUCAUGUAAUCAGUGUGUUCAUGGGCCUUUGAGUGACGAUUCGCUGACCGUAUUUCAUCAUCCAUUCACUAGGGGCCUUUUGGUGCUUCCAACUCGGCUUUGUGGGCAUUCUAGGACUUCUCGGGGCAACGGUCAAUAGUCUUCUAUAUAAGUUGAACGGAUCUGGAGUAACCUGCGCCUCUAUUUGGCAGUCAAACACGAGUCCCAACGAGGCCACACUUCACGACCAGGUGGUGUUCUACUUGCUUGCAGGAUCUUUUCUUGAUAUAGCAGAAACGAUAUUCCUCCCUAUAUACAGAUUCAUGUUUCCGAGGUAUCUUUCCACCGGGCCAUUUUCAUUUGGCCCGUGGACUCCUUUCAGCCUCAGCAUCUUAGGCUCAUUGCCUCUCUGGCUGGUAGGGUACGGGGGAGACCCCACGAGAGACAUGAUUCUUCAAAUUCUCUUGGAAGAUGCCCUUUGUGUCAUAGUGUACUUGUUCAAUCGCAGCG